CAAGAGGCGGCACACCGCGCAAGGAUGCCACCUAGGGCUGCUCCGGCGCUGCGGGUGCUCCCGCUCGCGCUCGCAGCGGCCAUCUUCUCGGGGCUCACCGCCAUCCUCUUCUACCUCUCCGGCGUCUCCUCCUCACAUAGCGGCUCUCGGCUCUCGGAGGCGGACCUGGCGGCGCUCGCCGCGCUGCGGGGUGGCUUCAGCAAGUGCGUGGAUGCAAAUGGGCUAGGACUGAAAGCCGUGACCGGGGAGGACUACUGUCGUGUUGUGAUACAAUACCCAAGUGACACAGUUUCUAAGUGGAGAGAUCCAAUCACCCAUAAGGCUGAAAGUCUGUCGUUUGAGUUCAAUCUGUGUGAAGCUGUGGCCUCAUGGGAGCACGUCCGGAACAGUACAACAGUACUCACAAAGGAGUACAUUGAUGCUUUGCCAAAUGGCUGGGAGGAAUAUGCAUGGAGAAGAAUCAACAAAGGAAUCCUUCUGAAUAAGUGCCAGAACAGAAGCCUCUGCAUGGAAAAGCUCUCACUAGUUCUACCUGAGACAUCACCAUACGUUCCUCGCCACUUUGGUCGAUGUGCUGUUGUUGGGAACUCAGGUGAUCUUCUCAAAACUAAAUUUGGGGAUGAAAUUGAUUCUUAUGAUGCUGUCUUCAGAGAAAAUGGUGCACCCACCCAGAAUUACACUGAAUAUGUUGGUAGAAAGAGUACAUUUCGCCUUCUGAAUAGAGGAUCCGCAAAGGCACUAGAUAAAGUUGUUGAGUUAGAUGAAACAAAAAAAGAGGCACUGAUCGUUAAGACGACAAUACAUGAUAUCAUGAACCAAAUGAUUCGGGAACUUCCAAUAACCAAUCCAGUAUACCUCAUGCUAGGCACAUCAUUUGGUUCCUCAGCUAAAGGAACCGGGCUUAAAGCUCUUGAAUUUGCCCUCUCCAUCUGUGACAGUGUUGAUAUGUAUGGCUUCACCGUAGACCCAGGUUACAAGGAAUGGACAAGGUACUUCUCAGAGGUAAGAAAGGGACACACUCCACUACAUGGUAGAGCAUAUUAUCAGAUGAUGGAAUGUCUUGGUCUGGUGAAAAUCCAUUCACCGAUGCGAGGAGAUCCUGGCAGGACAGUGAGGUGGCUGCCUACCAAGGCUACCAUCGAGGCUGCUAGAGUUGCUUCCGAGAAGUUGUUGAAGAGACCUGGUGCUGGAAGUGAUGAUCCUCUGGGGACUUGCACCAUGAUAAAGAAGCGCAGGAAAGGGAAGGCGCCAAACAGAUCUGGUCUACGAGAUGCUGCCAUGAAGCACCUCGAGGACAUGAAAGGUGCCGCUAGGUAUCCCUUGGAGCGGAAUGCAGGGGGUGGUUACCUCUGCAUGAUCAAUGAUAGAUAGGACCGCGGCUGAUUAUGGCAUCAGUUGCCCCCUCCCCCCUCCCCUCCACUUGAGUCGAAGAAAGGAAUGCAGUUUGAGGGAACGAAAAGGCCGAUUCUUUGAUUUAUGCAGCUGGUGUACAACGUUUGAGUGUAGAGAAAGUUAGGUGUAAUGUUUUGAGUGUAGAGAAAGUUAUAUGUUGUGGAUGGAUACAAAUGGUCAAAUUGUAGCACUUUUGGUGCUUAUAAUACUAAUUUCCGCUC